UAUACAACAAAUAUACCUAGUCUAUUACUGUAAUAUUUAUUGAUUAGAGGUAGGUAAUUAACUUUUAUUAGGCAAUUUGCAUUUUUGAUCUGCUAUUAUAAAUACAAAUUAAAUUAUUUCCUGCACCUACAUUGAUAAUAUAUGUGAAGGCGGAUAGAUACACCAACCUGUAUGUGCAUUACAAGUGUUGUAGGUGUUUAAAUAAUAAUUUAUUAUGCGUGGGUUUUCAAUAUCAUUGUUAUGUAGGUUAUAUGGGAAAUGUUUCCGUACAUGAUGUCCAGUUGUAUAUAUAUUACUAACUGUGUAUUGAUAUUUUCUUGUCAGGAAUAUUGUAAUAAAUUAUGUCAGCCGAAUUUAACACUUUAAUGACCAGCAAUAAUACUAAUGGAUUAGAAGUAGCUGAAUUAUCAGAAUUUAUUAAAGGUAAGGUUUAAAUGAAUGCUUUGUAUUAUUAUUUUCUAAGUUAAGCAUCUUACAUCAUAAUUUUUAGUAAAAGUUUAGUUUACUGGACAUCCAUUGUUUUAAUUUUUUUUUUUAAUAUGUGUUUGUCAAUACAAAUUUCAGAACUAUUUAAAAUUUUUUGCAGAAACCAUUAUUGUAGAAGUUAUAGAAUUUUUUGCUUAAAUACCUAGUUGUUUUAUAUACAUUUUUUUUACAUUUGACUUCCAUAGCUUCUAUAAUAAUAAUUUUCGCAAAAAAUUCAAACAGUUCUAAAUCACAGAUUUAAAAAAAUUUCUAAAACAAAGGGUGUCUGGUAAACUAGACUUCUUCCUAAUUUGUAAAUUACCUAUAUAGAUCAGCUGUACUUUAUGGUUUUGUCCAAUUAUAAAGAUUCAACAACAAUUCAAUCUUUUAAUGAUUGGAAAAAAUCAUUCAAUGACAACAAUGUUUUUUAUCUAAACGUGGAUGAUUUUUUGGUGUAUGAUGGCUUUUACAGUGACUUUGGCCCUUUAAAUUUAGCAAUGAUUUAUCGGUAUAUUGGCAUAAUGCGAGAAAAAUUUAAAGUAAGUAGAUGAGUUGCCUGUUUAUUUACAUAAAAUGAAAUGUACUAAAUAAUUUUGUUAUGAUUUAUAGUCAGGAAUAGAUAAAUGAAUAAAUAUUUGUAUAAAUAAAAUUAUACCUUUUAAAACCAAGACCAUAAAUAUUUUAUUGUAUUUCAUUAUAAUAGUACUCUCUUAAAUUUCAAAACUUAAAAAAAAAAAAUUUACUUAAAAUUGUAUUUUAUAUUUUAAAACUAUAGCAUAUUUAAAAUGUGUAGGUACAAUGUAGAGUAUAAUUUACUCAGAAAAAAACAUAUAUCUAUUUAUGAAUAACAUAAUUUGUCAGGCAAACAUGUUUUAAUAUUUUAAUUUAACAGGGAUAUCUAUGAACAGUGUGUAGUACUCUAUUGAAAACAUUUUGUUUAAAAAUGAUAAAACCCAUUUAAAUUGUAAAAUUUAAUAUGAUCAUUAUCCCUCUAAAUAUAUGAUUUAUAUUUAAGGCCUAACAUAAUCUACGUAGUAAAAAAUAUUGAAAAUUUGUAUUAUACAUAUGAUUAUUGUAUUAUUGUAGUAUCAUUCUCAAAACUUGAUUGAUUUAUAUAUUUAUGAGCAUAUUUGAAAUAUAUAAUAUAAUAGUAGGUGCAGAUACUGUAUUUAUAAGUUAUCUCCCAAUUUGUUUUUAUAAAUAAAUUAUGUUAAUUGAAAAACUAGUUAUAACUGUAGACACAAUAAUUUAAUUAAAAAGAAAAAAAAUAAAUAUUUGAUGCAAUACCCAUUUAAAACAUUUUUAAUUUUUUUAAACUGUACAUACAUAUUACUUUGCUUAAAUAUAGUAAUACUAUUAUUAUUUAAUAUUUGAACCCAGUAUCACAUAUUUUGUUUAAAAAAAAAUAUAAAAAUUUAAUAUUGCACUCAGUAUACAAUUAAAUUACCCUAUAAUUUACCUACAUCCUACUUUAUUUUAAUCACUAUUGAUAAUUCAAAUUUUUAGGUAUACAAGAAAUUGGUCCACUGUUCUAAUUUAAGCGAUCAAAAGAAACGAGCCAAUGCUGCAUUUCUUAUUUGUGCAUACGUGGUAUGUUUAUAAUGUUGACAAUAUAGCUAAAGUUAGUAGACCUAA